CUUAAUCGACUACUGAACAUAGUCGAUUAAGCUUAAUCGACUAUUGAACAUAGUCGAUUAAGCCUUAAUCGUCUACUGAACAUAGAGAACAACGAAAAAACAUAGAGCAAAAAUGGCGGACAGAGAAGAGCAGAACCACCAGCACAUAGUGAUGCUGCCGUUCAUGGCGCAAGGCCACCUAAUCCCAUUCCUAGCACUAGCCAACCAAAUCCACCGCCGUUUCGGCUUCACAAUCACCAUCGCCACCACUCCACUCAACCUCCACCACCUCGCCGCCGUCGUAGCCAAAAACCCUACACCAAGCUCCGGCAUCCACUUAUUCGAGCUCCCGCUCAACACCUCCGACCACGGCCUCCCGCCAAACGCCGAGAACACAGAAUCCCUCCUCCCUCGAACCACCGUUCCGUGCCCUAAUUCAGAACAUCACCGCCGAUCAAAACGGCCGCCCUCCCCUCUGCAUAAUCUCCGACGUCUUCAUGGGUUGGGCCAACGCCGUCGCCGAAUCCUUCGGCACCGUCAACGUGACCUUCACCACCGGCGGCGCGUACGGCACCGCCGCAUACGUAUCCCUAUGGCAGCACCUCCCCCACCGCCGACGUACAACAGAUCUUUGUAAACCCUCCAUAAACAACAACCUUCUGUAAGAAUUUCUCCCCCCCUUUUUUUUUUUCUUCUCUGUUUGAUGAUGGGUGGUUGUGGUGGUGGUGCUAAUUCAGAGAUGGAAUUGUGUAAUUUGUGUGUGUAAUUUG